AUUCCAAUCGGGUGGACUGACCAUUUGGGAACUUGGGCACUGCCCAGGGGUCCGGGGUCAGUAGGGGGCCCCACGAAAUGCCCCUGGUACCUUUGUUAUAGGCUUUUUUGGGUGUGCUUUGAGUGUGGGCAAGGACACAGGGGCCCCAUGAUCCCCUAUUGCCCGGGGGCCCCAUGAGUUGUCAGUCCACCCCUGCUUUCUGAUCAUCUUCUAAACUAGGGGUCUUUAACCACUUGCCCUCCAGAGGAUUUACC